AUGACUGUUUUAACAUUUAUUUAUGAAAUUCUUCUAAACCUGAGUAUAGUCUGCGCUCCUAAGCGUAUUAAUGUUUUACUAAGUGAAGCUACUUUUGCUAUUAAUGGCGGUGUUUUAGUAUUGAAAACAUUAUUAGUAGUAAUAUACAGAAAAGAAAUCAUAGAGGCUUUGGAAAUUUUGAAUAAUGAGCAGUUUAAUAGUACUGAUGAAGUGACAAGAUAUAUUAUUGAAAGUGAUAAUAAAAUGUACUGUGUAGCGGUGCAGAAGGCAAUCACGUUUUGUAUGUUUCUUGUAUACGGCUUCGGUUCUUUUAUAGUUUGUGUCUCUCUUUGCGGUCUUCUCUUGGUUCCCGUAUCAGAGUCAGUAAUAGCUAGAGUUGCGUACUUUUUUGCUCUUGUGAUGCAAAUAUUUGUCCCAGGAUAUUUGGGAUCACAACUUGAACACGAGGGUCAACAAUUAGUUUUCGCUGUCUAUUGCAGUCAAUGGAUGUCUAGAAAGGAAUCUUUUAAGCGUAGUUUAAAAUUGUUUAUGUUACGGGCUAACGUACCUAUUGUCAUGUACGGCUUUAAACUAUUCACCAUUUCCUUAGACACAUUCACAAAAAUUUUGAAAUCAGCUUAUUCAUUUGCAGCCUUAGUGAAAAAUUUUAUGGAAAACGAGGAAUGA